GGAUAUUUCUAGACGCGGUAUAUGACAGUUAAGAUGUCUAGUGAGGGUGAUUCUGCUAAAAGCGUAUUAUCAGAGGUCAAUGAAAAAAGUUGUACAGAUCAAACAGAUUCAUCACAAGAUUCCCAAGAUGUUAAAGUUGAAAAGAAUGAUAAGCAAAUUGAAAAUAACGUUGAUUUAAAGACUGAAGAAGAGAAAAAAAUGGGGGAUUCUGCUGAUGAUUCUCAAAACUCGGAGAAAAAAGAGGAGAAAGAAGAAAAAUUGGAAAACGACAAGCCUAAAAAUGAUGUCAAUGAUAAGGAUAAGGAAAAUAACAAAAAAGAUGUAAAGGGUGAGGAAAAGAGUGAUGAAAGUGAAAAGGAAGAAGAGGAGGAUGAGGAAGAUGACGAAGAAGAAGAAGACAAGGAAAAGGAAAGCAAGGAGGUAACUGCCAAGAAAAAGCCAGAGAAAAAGCCCAAGGAUGAAGAAGAAUCUCAAAAUGAUAUUAAAUUUGAGAAUGGGUCAGGUACUGCACUAGGAGGAAUUCCAAGAAUUGAUGCUUCUAUAUCUCGUUUUAAAAAUGAUGAUCUAAAAAUAUUGCAUCGUAUUUUAUAUGAUACUGUUGGAAAAACAAAUUUGUUUAAAAAGAAUAUUAAAAAGUUUAAUGGUUUCACAUUCAAAAAAGGUUCAGAUGAAUAUGAAGCUAAAUUGGCCCUAGCAGACGAGUUUGAACUAAAACAAUUAAAAAGUGUUUGUGAAAUGUUGGAAUUGCAAAAGACUGGUUCUAAAGAUGAUAUUAUUGAUAGAAUACUGGGAUUUUUAAUUGAGCCCAAGGAUAAUGCAGCAAAACCUGUAGGUGGUAGGCCCAAGAGAACAGCAGCUGUAAAAGCAAAUAACAGAGGUUAUUCUUCUCAUGAUGAUUACUCAAGUGAUGAAAAGAACAGUCCUAGAGGUAGAAGAGAUAAAGGUAAACGUCCAAAUCUAAAAGAUGACACUUCAAGUGAAAGUGAUGAGGACUUUCAUCCCUCAGAUGAAAGUGAAGAGAAACCUAGGCCAAUCAAGCGCCGUGGCCGUAAGAAGGCAGUAUCAGAAGAGGAACUCAGUGAUGCCAGUGAUGCAUUUACUGAUGAAAGUGACGAUGAGCCUAAAAGUAAAAAGAAGAGGACUCCAAAGGCCAAUAACAAAUCAAAGGGAAGGGGCACAGGUAGAAGGGGCAGGCCACCUGGUUCAGGCAAAAAAGGUCCUGGCAGGAAGGCAAAGAAACCCAAGGAUUCAACUGAUGAAGAGGAAGAAGAAAGUGACAAACAUGAUAGCUCUUCUGAAGAUGAACCUUUGGCCAAAAAGGCUAAGGGUAAAGAACCGCCCACAGAUGAUGAGAUUAAAGCCUACAUCAAAAAAAUACUAGAAGGAGCAAAUUUGGAAGAAAUUACCAUGAAAAAUGUGUGCCAGAAGGUUUAUGCCCAUUAUCCAGACUUUGAUCUUGCUCACAAAAAAGAUUUUAUUAAAACAACUGUUAAAUCGUUAAUAUCAACGUGAACUUUAAGUUAAGAAACAUUAAAUAAACAAUCUUAUAUGUUAGAGUACAAAAGGUGUCAUUUUGUAUCUCAACCUUAUUUAAUAUUUGCAUUUGUUUAUUAACAUUUUAUGUAAAAAUAUUGUUAAUUUGUCGAGUUCACAAUAUAAAAUUACGUUUCUAAUUAAUUAUUUUGUAAAAUAUAAUAUCACAUAUUAAAAAUGUUUAAGAGCGUUUUUAUUCAUAUAAAUUAAUGCAAAGUAUAUUUUAAUUUUCCUAAAUAAAUUUCAUAUCUAUUUAAAAAAAAUUGAUGGUUAAAUUAGGGUCCAAACUUAUGUUUGGAUAGUUGUUGAAAUUAAAAUAUAUUUUGUUGACACAUCUAAUAAAUAAGGAUGAAAACACUGUUUUAAUCUUUGUAGUUUUAUGAUUAUUAUAACAAAUAAGUCCUUUAAGUCUAGCACAUAUUAAAUAACUAUAUUUUAAUUUAUGAGAAAAACAAUAAAUAUAAUACUUGUACAAUACAAAUGUAUUCUUCUAUAUAUAGCCAAUUUCUUUUUAGUUAAUACUGCACAAAAUUAAAAACUAAAUCAGAUUUUAUAUAAAUGUUCCAACAAAUUGGAUUUUAGGUAUUUCAUAGUUAUAUUUAUGCGCAUCCAUUUUUUGUAAUAAAAAAUAAUAAUUAAAAAACUUGAAUGGGUGCAUAUCUCAUUUAAGUAAAAAUACCUGCUUUAUUUGUUGUUUAGUUUUACAUUAGUGUAUAUUUAAUGACAUACUUUACUUCAAUGUAUAUGUGUAUAUUAUUUUGUGUUAGAUUUUGAGGAAUGUGUUUUAAGUUUAUAAAACGAGUAUGUUGCAUGAUUGUAAAUUGAUAGUAUAUUUCCAAGAGGUAUAAAAUAUAUAUAUUUUCGUAUGUGCAAAUUGCCUGAGAAAUUAAUCACAGUGUACUUUAAAUUUACUUAUUCAAUUUAAUAUUUACUUAUACCACUUAAGAAAAUAGUAUAGUGUUUCUCUUCAUUAUUUAGGAGCUUUGUUGUCAAUAUUGAUAUGUCAUGCUACUGUAGUCCUAGAUUGUAACAAUAGAACAUAAAGUUGUAUUGAUUUUAAAUACACA